CCAGCUGAAAGGUGAGGGGUCCCCCUUUCCCCCCUGUACAUCCCAUGCGUCUUUGGGGGCCUUGAAACACGAUGCCCGCGCGGCAAGCAGAAACAGGUCACUGGAAAAUGGCCCCGCACCAUCUUUUCCAGGGUCCCUGCCACUGCUCUUCCAGAAACGCUCGGGCCAUGUAGCACCGUUGGUGGUUGUCUGGUCACUUUAUUUACUUUUUGUUGUCCCCGCCAUCGAACUUUCAUCUAAGGCUAGACCGUUGAUCUCCAGUGACGACAUCAAUCACCCACUCAGAGCCAGACAAGCGACCGGGGGAUAUUCUUGAUUUCGAGGCGCCGAAAGUGAGUUGUUCUGACCGUUAUUGUUGUUCAAAUUAGUGAUCCAGACAAAGGCCAUUGGCGCGUCUUGAUGCUCCGUUGGCAAUUGCUGACCGCAUCCCUCAAAAAACAACAAACCAAGAGGUGGUUAUUCCCUUGCGUUUUUGACCGCUAAUAAGUCGAUACAGAUCUCUGCAAGAUCACGAUGGCCAUGCCAUUCAAACCAUCCCCGCUGGGCUAUGGGUCGCCCCGGACUUCACCUUUCCGUCGCCCAGUGUCGCCAGGAUCUCCCAACACACUACGUCAGACCACACCCACCGCAUCGCCAACAAAGACAGCAGGUCCCCCGAGUCCAGUGUUAGACUUCAAAUCCUCACGAGCUUCUCCGGGUCGCGAACUGCCAACUCCACAAGCUCGCCUUUCUCCCAGACCUGUAGCAUCCAAGACCGGGCCAGUAGGUCACGGGAGCGCCAUGUCUCAAUUACAGCCGUCGCAAGUCAGAACGUUGCGAGAGGGAUUCCAGAUUCUGGAUAGAGACAGCGAUGGUGUUGUGAAUAGGGAGGAUGUCGUGGAUAUGUUGAACCAAUUGGGUCUUCCAUCAAACGCGUCAGAGGUCACCCAAUUCUUCCCUCCCUCGGCGCCACAAACAAUGACGAUGGCUUUGUUCAUGAACUCGAUAGCAGGGUCUCUGGCGGCUCUGUCGCCCAGCGCCGAGCUCCUAUCGGCCUUCUCGGCAUUUGACGACGACGAUAGCGGGCAGAUUGACGUGGCCGAGCUUCGGGACGCGCUGCUCAACACGGCGCCCGAGCCGGGCCAGCAGCCGUUGACAUCGCUAGACGUCGAAAAGGUAAUCAACGGUUUCACCAGCCGUCGAGCCUUUACCAAGAGCAAGACGGGUGGCGGACUGGGCAAACGGGGGGAAGUAUUCCGGUACCAGGAUUUUGUAAACUCGGUGGUUGGAAACAACACGGGCAGCGAACGGGCGUCGGAAGAUUCAGAGGAGGCGUAAUGUGUGUCGAGGUGGUGGUGCCAGAGGACGAAUGGUGGCCAACCAGUGAUUGCAGGCCUAGGGUCGUUUGUGGGGUCCAGUUAUCAUGGUCAACAGGAACGGCGAGGACAUUGGGUAACGAUAACGGCAUGCGUAGGAUACCACGGAUACGUAGUGUACCGUGUUCGGUACUUAGCUAGGUAAUACUCGGUAGUGUGUAGUUUUGGCGCUUCUGGAGGGCGGGGAAUUUGCUGUUCAUUGUCCAAUUAAACAAACGUCACAUUUGGACUGCUACACUGCCAAAUUGUCACCCUCUGCCAAAAAAAUGUUGUGUGUAUGGUUGUG